GGGGAAUUUUCGUGGUGGGAUGGAAAUUGUGGGAGGGGGAACUGGUGGGGGGAACAGCGUGCUUCAAAUGAAGUCAGAGUUACCAAAACCAAUAUUGUUGAAGCAAGGCAGUAGCACAAAGUAUAAGAAUUCAGUUCGAACUGUUCGAUUUGGUGACGAAACGCAUACGCAAACUACGACUCCGAAGGGACCUGUGAGCAAAAACCAGCUGGAUGCACCGGUCCGUGAGCCGAAGCGCGCGGGACUCUUCCGUUGGUUUCGGAACCUGUUUCCUCGCGUUCAGGAUCACAAUAGAGUUCCAGUUCGAGAGGCAGCCGAGGAGAGUCAAAAGGCGUCGGACAAAAUGCGUACGGAAGAGAGAGAGACACGCGAGCAAAAAAACGGAGAUGGCACUUUGCCACUCAGUGACGGGGCGGAUGGCGAUCAGGAUCAGAAUGGAGAGGGGAUUGAAAGGGAGUACAAGGCGUUGGACGAAAAGCGUGAGAAAGAGAGAGAGACACGCGAGCAAAAAAUCAGAGAUGGCACUUUGCCAUUCAGUGACUGGACGGAUGCGGAAGGGGUCAAACACUUUGUUCUUCCCAAAACUAAGGAGGAAAUUGUCGAAGCGCUGGGUGAACCAUCGUCAUCACUGCAGGAAGAAAUAGAGUACAAGAUGAAGAACAAUGACCGCCUGGUGUCCGUGUUGGCCUUGUUCGGGUGGAUGAGCGACGCUCCAGACAUCAUACUUGACGAAUAUAGCGAAGAGGCUGAGGCAGUAAAGGCUCAGCUUCUCAAAAGCAAUGUUCCUGAAGAAUCGAUUUUGCACCAUGAGGACAUGGAGGCGCUCACGAAAGAACUGGUCAGAAAGAAUUCAGAGCUUGGCGAGAAGAUUGUCCAUAUCCUCAAGUCGGAGCCUGUGGCGGCGGUCCUGAAGUGGACGUUGGAAAAGGGCAUCGCCAUCGGCGACGAGUCCUACACUUGGAAGAAUUUCGACGCGCCACUAAAAGACGCUAUCUUAGGGAAUUUGGAUUCUCUCAGAGAAUAUGGCGAGGAUCCAUUUGUCGUUCGAAACAUGGUAGGCCAGCUUCUGAAUAAGGACUCGGACGAGUAUUUUCGAGCCUUGCUGACAAGAGAGAAAGGCUUCGCCGUAGAGUUGAUCCGGCGCGACGGUCAAGUGUGGUCACAGCUGUGGGAGCAGAACCUCGCUGGAGCGGAUUUGGACGGCCAGGUGCUCAGUAUGCUGAAGGCGCAAAAGAGAGGCCGCACAAAGGACGGGGGCUUGUAUCUUGGGGGCUCCGCGGCUUUUCCACUUAUACGAAAUGAGUGGUUUAUGGACGCGGCUGCGAAACUCGAUCCAGACUUCGUCGUAGAUGAUGUGUUGCCCCCGGGCGUUUUGAGCUUCACCAAGGAACCAAUAUCGAAUCCUGUGCGAACUAUGCGAUGGGUG